AUGUCCACCAACCUUAGAGGUCUCUCUGGUCUCGGCAUCGACAUGGGACCUCCUCCUGAACCACGAGCGGCGCCUCUGAAUGGUCCUCGUCCCCGAUCGGGCACACAGCCACUACAGAUUAAACAACAAUCUGCCUCUUCACAGCUGCCUCGGCGUCCGCCAAUCGCAUCUAGCGGGUCUUCAUCGGCUGACGAGAGGCGCGUCCGCAUUGCCAGCGGCCAACCGGGCGUCAUGGGCCGCGAAGAGUCAGAGACCGACGGCUCGCCUUCCUCGCUCUCCUCGCCCGAUAGCAUGACAACAAGCUCGGGAAGCGGCGACGGCAAGCGCUACUCGACGGGUCCCAUGAAUCGGAACAAGCGUCUGGGCGCAGCGGUGGCCGCCAUGUCCUCCGACUCGUCGAGGUGGGACAGCACACCGUCAGACAUGUACUCGUCCGACACCUCGCCCACGACUGACUCUUCUGCGACCUCGUACUCGUCGUUGAGGAGCAAGGGCAGCAACAGCAGCCUGAAGCGUGAAUUUACGAUCCGCAAGCAACGAUCGCAGCCCAACCUCUCGCGCACACAUACCAUGGUCUCGCGUGGUGGCCGGUCCAACACGAGCAGCGGACCUCCCCCGGCCUCGUCGUCGGGCAUGGGAAGGAGCAAGAGCUCCCUCUCGCUUUCGUCGCAAUACAGGUCCAGCGAAGCUGGCAGCGAAUCCGGAACCAGCUUGGGCCGCACAUCGGAAAUCCCUCGCAGCGGCAGUCGAUCUGGCUCCUUCACCACUCGUGGCCGUGGCCGUGGCGGCUCGUUCAAUCGAGGCUCGGGCCGGCGCAACUCCUACUCCUCGUCACACGCGUCUGCUCAGCUGCGAGGUCCGUCAGAGAUGGCGGCGACGGCUGCCACGCAAGAGUCGCGAUUGAUUCCAGACGGGUUUGGUGGCUAUGUCGAGGCCGACAGGGCUGCAAGCCAGAUGAAACCUCCGUCCGAAGUGGGCACGAACCAGCCUCCAUCGCAGCGACAGCAGCAGCAGCAGCAGCAGCAGAGGAACCAACUCCCCGUACCAAGACCCGUCCAGCAUCAGCGUCAAAAGUCAGACUCGUCGGCGCAAGGCCAAAAGGCCUUUGAUGGCCCCGCCACGCUUCGCGUCGGCAGCUUCUAUGGUCCUGAUGGUUCCGAAACUGCUCGCCUCGACGAGGAGGGCCGUCUGAGCCGCAACGGUACUGCAAGGACUCGUAGCUCUACCACGAACCGACCCAAGACGGCUCCUCUCCAAGGGACGGCAGCUGAGAGCGUGACCGGCCGAACUUACAGCGUCAUUAGCUCACAACGCUCCCACAGCAGUGGACCGCCCAAGCCACGGUUCAUGUCGAGCCCCAAUGCAACUGCUGAUGUUCACGGUGAACAUGAGAAAGAAGCGGAACUACAGCAGCCACAGCAGGCGCAGCCCCGCGAUGCGGCUCAGAACCGAGCGAGCCAAACUCUGCACAAGUCGACAUCGCAAAUGUCGAUGAGGAGUCAGCGAGGCUGGAAGGGACUCGAUGGAGCCGAGCGUGGCGAGGCCAUGGUCAGCCUCGACAAGCUCAAUGCCUCGUUUGAUCAGGGCGAGACGAUCCUCCCCGGCCGCGUCAAGACGGCCGAAGAAGACAGCAUUCUUGCAUCGGCCCGCCUCUCUCAGGCUGACCACAACGAGCGCAACGAUGCUGUCGUCAGCAGGCACAAGAGACAGAUGAGCGCACCAACGAUGCUCAGCGAAGAGGCAUCCAGGUCCAACGUCAGCCUCCUCGACCGCCAGCCGACGCUCAUCUCGACGUCUGCCACCCCAGCUCGCCGCUCGCGAGAGCUGAGCCGACUGCUAGCCAACAGCAACCGCAAAGUCGCUUCCUCGUCGGCCUCCUCUUCGGCCUCGUCCAUGGCAGGCGAGAGCAUCGCCAGCGGCUCGACAGACUCUCUCGCUUCCACGAAAUCGGGCGCUUCCAGAAUGAAUGCGGCCAUGCCCCCCGCAGUGCUCGAGCAAGGCCGGCAGGGCAAGGCCCGUGUCGACGUUGACCUUGUUCUGGAGAGCGACCUCGUCGUCGAGGGUGGUAUCCUCCGCGGUCGUCUUGAGAUCAAGGUUCGCAAGAACAACGACAAGGAUGGCCCCUUGAUGCUCACCCACCCCAAAGUCCGCGUCGUUGGUUUCGAAGAACUGCUCAACGAUGACACCCGCCACAUCUUUUACCACCAUGCUACUGUUGUCUAUGGUGAGCGCAAAGUCGGCGGACCGGCGAGACCCUACGUGCUCCAUGGCACGCCCUCGCUCAGUUCGCCUGAGGCGGACGGAGGUUGGGAGCCGCUGCCGUGCUUUGCCUCUCAUCCCGACAACGAAGGCUUCUGUCGCGGCAAGGAGGGCACCCACUCGAUUCCCUUUGCCCUGGAGAUGCCUGUCGGAAAGGGAGCAAAGGGAAGCUACCGCGGCAAGCAUGCCCUCGUGCGGUACAUCGUCAUUGGAUCCGUCAAGCUCAAGAGCAGCGGCAGCAACCCCAAUCGCUCCAUUGCUCACUUCUACCGUCACGUUGAGCUCUACCCUUACCUCAACCCCGCCGUGGUGCUUUCGAGCGCGCACCGGCCAGUUCAAGCCCGUGCCAGUAAAGGUCUCUUCCUCGGUGGCUCGGGCAAGGUACAUUUAACCGCUUCGCUUCACAGGACGACCUGGGUUGCCGGACAGCGCGUCUACGUCAAUGUCAACAUCCAGAACGACACAAGCAAGAAGGUCAAGAGCCUGACCUUGGCCCUCGUUCGCACAGUCACUCUGUACCGGCCUCGACCUGAGUUCGACAUGGGCAUCUCUGCCCCAGACGACCCGACCGACACCUACGUGGACCCAGACGCGUGCACGACGUCGACGAGCCGUAAGAAGAUCUCGGAAGAGGUUCUAGAGAUGGGCCAGAAGGGCUCCAAGGGCGUCGUCACUGCUCGCGGCUGGUGGACUGGUGUUGACGGUGGCGGUGGUGCUGUCGACUUCUCCCACUACAUGAACCUGCCCGGUGAUGCUCUGACCGUCUCGCGUGGCCGCCACGUCGAAGUCCUCUACUCGAUCAAGGUCUCCGUCAGCAGCUCCCUCUCUGCCGACGUAUCCGUUGAGCUGCCGCUGCGUGUCGUCAACUUUGUUUCUCUUGAUCCGCCCCCUAUCAAGAACCCUUCUGCCAAUGUGGUCGCGAGGAGUUGGAACCCCGUAGCUUCCAAGGGAGGACAUGACCGAAACGCGAUGUCUGACUCCGAGGCGCCCAACAUCGCCCGCAUCCGAUCGAUGGAAGCCCUUCGCAGCCCCUCAGCAAGAGUCGAGCAGGGUCUUGGCAUCACAUCGCAUGUCGAGCCAUCGUAUCCCGUCCUCAACGGACCCCACGGUUUGCCUCAGCAGCAACAGCAACAGCUAAUGCAACAGCAACCGUCGUCUGGCUACCAGCUCGGCCAGCCAUUGCAGCCUGCCCACCAGCGCCUCCAGAAUGAUUCUCGCCGCCUGCAGCACCAAAAGUCGCUUGACUUCAUCAAUCAUGCCAUCCGCAGCGCAACGGCCAGACGAGGAGGACAGGCGCCCAGCAAUGGCAACAGCACCGGCGACGAGGUCAGCCCUCCCAUGGGUCUUGGCAUCAGUGUCGAAGAAAAGGGCGAGGCGACACCGUCGCAGCGGUCCAUCACCUCGAGUGCGACAGGGCCCUCUGACCCUUCGUGCGAGCCUUAUGUCCACUCAUCCAACAACAAGUUGCCCUUUGCUGUGCCCACCACGGCCGUGUCCCUCGAUGAUCUGGCAGAUGACGACUCCGACGACGGCGAGGACGAAGCCGUGGCCGACCGAACCUUGGGACUCAAUGACGACUCUGUCGAUGAGGUCGACUUGGUCAUUGGGUCUGCCCGCCUCGAGGGAGAAUCUACGCCGGCGUGGGAGAGCAGGCAGCCUCGUUUCCAGGCCGGAGACGACUCGACUGAUACGGUCACAAGCGCCCCUGGAAUCAAGGAAGAUGACGAGGACGAGGGCUACAACGACGACGAUGACGACGACUUUGACGAGGAAGAAGAGAGGUUGAGGAUUCGGACGGAGACGGUGCCAGAAGAGGAGCGCGAGAACGAGGAAGGCGAUGCCGACUACUCUGAGUAUGAGGCCCCCAGACAGGCGCUUCAGCAUCAACAGACUCGUCGGACUUCGGCAGAGGCGGACAAGAACUUUGACGACGGUCCUACGCCGAUUGCCCGGUCGCCGCCCAAGUUCCAGUCGCAGAAUCCGUCACCAACAAAGCUGGCCAUUCCCCGUGCCAGCUCCAACCUCGACCUCAAGCACAGCGCCCAGCGAAAGUCGACUUCGACUGGCGUACGGCCCAUCUCGCCCAGCAAGAAUGCGCCCUCACCGACUAAGAGCGCGCUCAAGUCAAAGUCAAGCUUCACGUUUGCCACAAGCGAUUCACCGCUCAAGGUAUCUCCCACCCCACCUCAAUCGUCACAAGCCCAGGCCGUCGAAAAGCAGACGCUACGAGCCAAGGUCGAGCCCGGACAGAUCCCGCCUCCCAAUGCUGCUCGCGCCAGCGUGCAGAACAGGAGCCCAAAGAGAGCUGUGCUUGCCUCUCCACCCAAGAAAGCAGCCUCGUCGCCGAAGAAGGUGCCCGGUGCUUCUCCCGCGAGCUCCAGCGCAUCGCUGGACACGGCAUCACCCUCUUCUCGCUCUUCUUAUUCCCCAGCGACAUCGGUGGACGAGAUCAACACGCCCGAAAGCGCCCAUAUGUCUGAGCUGACGGCGAGCGACAGUAGCAAGACGAUCGUGCAAGAUGACGCCUACCAAGCCCGGGGUCUCGGCCUAGACCUCGGAGACGACGAAGCCAUCCGACCGAAAGUCUCGUCGAUUCCGCGGCCCGCUGUGCGUGGCGCUGCCGGCGGUCGCCGAGAAGGCUUCACGAGAGAAAGCUCCGCGCCACCCACGGUCCGACCACUCGGGCCCGUGGCACAGAAGUCGCCGUCAAAGCAGGAAACGAUGAGCAAAUCCAUCAGCAUGGCUGCCAUCCCACGCCCCGAUGCGACGACGACUGGCGGCAGCGGUGAAGACCAGCGGGGCCUGGAGCGAUCGACGAGCACGCACAACUUGCGCGGAAGCAGCGUCGUGUUGCCGAGCGUCCGCGACAAGAUUGCUCAAUUGGAGCAGCGAAAGAAGGCCCUGAACGAGUUUACGAGCACCGACGGUGGCACGCCGACGAAACUCGGAACCCCGACCAAGGGACAACACAGGGGCCUGGAGAGGCAGGAGAGCUUUCUCAGCGAGGCCUCGACGGACGUGAGCAGCACGUCCUUUGUGCGCGAUCAUGUGGUGCGCCAGCAGGCGAGCCAGCUGAGCUUCAAGGCCCCUCUCUUCAAGAGGUGA